GCGGCCCCCAGGGGAGGACGCGAAAGAGAACUGCUGCCGCUGCUCCCUCACGGGGCCGGGCUGGAGUUGCGUUGCCGCCGCCCCCGGGCGCCUUCACCGCCGGGCCCGGAGCGGUGUCACCGCCGGCUGCUGGGCACCCCCGGGGCAGCGCUGACACGACUCUGCAGUCUGCCCUUGCUGAGAACGUAGGAAGGGAGGCCAGUCUUAGAGGUAGAGAGGAUUUCCUGAGAAAUUCUGCAGAGUCCUGGCUAUCUGUGUCCAUCACUGUCGCCAUCUCUCAGCCACUCUCCUGUCUGAUGCUUGUCCUUCAAGAACAGGUUCCCCUCAGAACCCCAAAGGAAUUAAUCUGUACUUCCACUCAAUCAACUGAGAUUUUUCACUUUUUUUCAAUGAUGCUGGGAAGUGACAACAAUCACUGGAUGACAUCUAAGGAUGCUUCAGGUGAAGCUAAUAAUAACUGGAGAUGACUUCGGCUAUUGUCCUCGGAGAAACCAAGGCAUUGUGGACUGUUUCCUGGCUGGUGCGAUAUCUAACGUGUCCCUUCUAGUCAACGGAAGUGCUGCAGCAGAUGCAGCCAAGCUGGCAAGGAGAUACAACAUCCCAAUAGGCCUGCAUGCCAACCUCUCCGAGGGCUCCCCUGUAUGUGAGGUGCUCAAGACAAACUCUUCUCUGCUCAACCAAGAUGGAUUUUUCCAUGGAAAAAUGGGAUUCAGAACAGCUCUGUCAAAAGGUCUCCUGAAUAUGUCAGAGGUGAAGCAGGAGCUAAAGGCCCAGGUGGAGCUGUUCCAUGAGCUGACAGGUCACCUACCUCCUCACAUGGAUGGGCACCAGCAUGUCCAUGUUCUCCCAGAGGUCAGGCACAUAUUUGCAGAGGUGUUAGAGGAAUAUGGGAUUAAGUACACACGUGUCCCAAUAGAGCCAGGCCUUCAUAACUGUGACUGGAUUCCACCAUCCCUGAUGGACUUCUACCUGGGAGUAGAGGAAGAUUCUUUUAACACAGUGGAUGUGUUUACAAAGCAUGGAAUAAGGUGGCCAGACAUUUACAUAGGCCUGAGCACCAUGGGCAGGAACAUGUCUGUCAGCAGCAUCCGGAGCGCCAUCGACAGCGCCGUCCUGCAGCUCACGGCCAAGGCACCGCAGAGCAGCACAGUGACCAUCGAGCUGAUGGUGCACCCAGGGUACCCCAGUGUCCCACCCGCCGGCGGCUGUGGGCAAGGACCAGAUGAUUUCUCACAGUCCUGGGAACGCCUCCAUGAACUCCAGACAUUAAUUAAGCCGGAGCUGCAGAGCCAUUACAAAAGCAGGAACAUUCAGCUGUGUUCAUUCAAAGAUCUUUAAAUAAAUGAGCAGACAUCCAUCCAUCCAUCCAUCCAUCCAUCCAUCCAUCCAUCCCAUCCAUCCCAUCCAUCCAUCCAUCCAUCCUCUGAAGACAGGCAGUUGCAGAUGUCCAGAGAAGCUUCAGAAGAAAUUCUCAGGGUCACGGGCCCUGGUACAGCUCACAGGAGCUGUGAAUGGCCUGGGAAUGGACACCACCACCCUGUGAGCAGUGCCCCAGUGCCCCAGCUACAGGUUUAAGACCACAAUGUCUGCUCAAAAUGUGCCAAACUCCUUCUGUGACACCACCUCCACAGCGCCCCAGCGCAGCACACGCUCCCAGGAUGCAGCUCCAGCAAAGGAGCAGCACGAGGACAGACUUGACUGUGAGACACUGCAGCACAGCACCCUGAGGAGUCUGAUCAUUUCCCCUUCAGACUUGAUGGCAAAACAAGAACUGUGCUGGGGAGCAGGUGCUGCUUUGGAGCAGCCACUCAAUGUCGGUCACCCACUGGACACCUGCAGCACUUGGUUCUCUGAAAGCAGCCAGUCCCUGCCCCUCCACUCGUACCUGUGCACCGAUGGUGAGGGGCGCAGGGACAUUUCACCCUCAGAGCCUUCCUCUGCUCAGAGCAGUCAGGUCACACACGGCCCCAGUGGGAUCUGCAGCUACCUGGGAGCCACCUCAGCUGGCAGGAAUUGUGUCUCUGCCUGUUUAUGUUGCCUCUUGGCAUUAAGCCCCCCCCCUAGGAAAAUAACAUCAGCCACAGCCCUUUUGGAGAGGCUUCUUAUUUUUGGGAUGACUUUGCAGGAGCAGCAACUGUUGACCCAUCUGCUAUUUUAGUAACUGCUGUGUAUGAGAGCAGCAGCAACUGGUCCUGCACCACCCACUGCCCCUCAGGACAACCAUGAGCUGUACCAGCCACAAGUACGGCUGCGAGUGGAGAAGGUCCUUGUAUUUGUCCCUUUUAUUCCUGUCACCAGAACAUUCAAACUCCAAUAGCCCCAGUAGCACUGAAGCUCUGUCAUUCCUGUAAGGACUUUCACACGGGGAAAAAUUAGUUUAGAUUGUUUGUGCUCAUUCUCUGCACAGGAGUGAUUCUAGUUAACAUAAUUGGUUUUGUUAACCAUGUUUUUUAAUAUAAAAAAAUAUCAGUACGGUCAUCAUUCUUUUAAAUGAAAAAUAAACUCAGGCCUUUUCUAUUGCAAAGCUUCAGGAGGCUUUCGAGUUUAGUUAUAUCUGGUGAGUGAACUAAACCCACUCAGCUGCCUGCUCCCACACCGCUGGAAGGGCCUCCCUUUCUAUCAUUAAUGGGAACUGUCUGAUCUUUCCUAUAACACAUCUGAGGAAGUUUUUGUCCUGUACAAGUAGUAAAAACACCAAGGAUCCUGUAGAAGAUAUUUUCCCCGAUUCUUUACUAUAUUCUAUAAAAUGCCUUAUGUCUGAGCCGGGCGGGGUGAGAGCAGAGCCGGUGUUACCCCGGGGAUGCGAAGCCGCUGCCGGGGGCAGCGGGACAGAGCCGCGGCCGGAGCGCUCGCACCCGCCAGCGCCACCCCGUGCCCGCCGGGCCGCACUGCAGCCGCAGAGCUCCAGCGGUACCCAACUGGCCCCGCGUUCUCACGGACAUUUUUAACUUAUAAACAUUUAAACCGCCCCAUGUUCUAAGCGCUGGAUUGGCUCUAAUCGCACCCGUCAGCACGUGACACACCUGUGAAAUUCUGGAUGCAUUUCCUGGCAGCUGAACGCUGAAAACCUAAGGGCAGCCUUUACCUGAGGGCUCUAGUGUGAAAAAUGGACUCCAGAAAUUCCUUAUUUUUAAAUGUAGAGCAUUAAACCCCAAAAUUCUGUUUUACUAGAGAAAUUAAUAAUGAACUACUUAAAAGGCUACUUAACAGGGAACCUUUCAAGUGCAUAAAGUAUAAGGAGAUAAGGAAAUUUCUCAGUGGUUCUGUGAAAGCUUUAAAGACAACCCAAGUUCAAACGAGAACAGUACAAUCCCAGUUAACUCCCAGACCUCUGUGAAAAUAAAACCAUGCCACAAAGCCUUUGAGAGCAAUUUUUAUUAGGGUAGCAGAAUGGACUUGCAGAAAGCCUAUACCAGUACUCCUGGGUGUAGUUUCACCAGUGCGCUGCAUUCACUGUGGAUGUUCAACUGCACAUUUAGAAUUCAGCAUGGCUUAGGGAACCAGAGAGAACAAGAGCUUGAUUUCCUGAGUUAUCAUAGGACUUCACACUUGGAUUUCUUCUCCUCAGCCUUCAGCCACACAGGUGCUGGAUCCCUUUGUUCAGAGGCUACCCCAGACACGCGCCAGCACUUUGUUUACGCGUCUCACAGUUUAGCAAUUGGACGAUGAAGAACACACCAAGAGAACCGAUAGCGAGAUCUGUCUUUGUGUGAGCUCUGCAGCUGGAUGGGAGCGGCUGGUGCGGCUCGGCCGGAGAUCCUGCGAUCGCACAGCCCCUCCGUCCCUUCCCGCGGCAUCCGAUCACAGCCAGGCAGACAGAUGCAGUCUUUGACCUGAGAGGCUUUACAACCACAGAGUAACUAUUGAGUAGCAACAAGGGCAGCAAACUAGUGCUACAGAUUUGUUUCAAAUAAAAUUUAGAGAAUGGUAAAGUUUCCAUGCCAAUAGACAUGAUCAAAGGUACAGUGACUCAGGUGAUGCAGAAGUUACACACUUCAGUUUGACAGAUAAUUUGGCAUUAUUUUAUUAUGAAUCUGAGUGAGCGUGAACGAAACAAAAUCAG